AUGGAGGCGCCCCUCCGCCGUCAGCAUCGUAGUUGCGAUCAGUGCCGGAAGGGAAAGAGGGCUUGCGAUGGGAAGGCGCCAGAAGACAUAUUGUCCCAUAAACCGAGCUUGCAGCCUUCACAGGGAUUGAACGCUACUAGCCACGAGGAACUUGAUAUACGGGCACCGGCCCCCUGUUCCAAUUGCAAGAAGUGGGAAAAGACCUGCACAUUCAACUGGCUUUACGUCGCUCUAAGAACACCAAAAGAUCGUCGAAAGAGAAGGUCCAAAAAUGUCGCGAAGGCGAAAGAAACAGGCAUGGGGGAGCCUUUCCUGAAUCCUUACCAACAAUCGCUUCACCCGUCUACGUAUCCGCUCAUGGAUGGUUCAAAUGGAACGCCCCAAUUUCCCACGUUUGAUCAGUAUCCGUUGCUGCCUUUGAACCAGCCUCCUGAAAUGUUCUCAGGCAUCAGCUCUGAUAUAAAUAUGUUGGAAAAGAAUUCCUGGAAUACACAUCUCAUGUCUAACAUCCAUUUCAGGAGUCAGUACCAAGCGAGUAAUGACACGGGACCUGGGCGAAUACCUCAGGGUCUUGGUUAUGGAGAGUCCCCACAAGGCCUCCCCUCGGGUUACUCCCUCGACAGCGCUGUUGUAGCUUCGCAGCCAUACAAUCCUAAUGCCAUCAGGAAUGGGUACGGUAUCGCCAGAAAUGACGAAGAGUCCCCAGAGAGCAACGACGGUGUCAUAAAUCAUCUCAUUGAUCGGAACUAUGGCUUCACCAGACCAGGGAAACCUUCUGCCACAGAUAGCAUGCACAGCUUGUUCUUAACGUCCAGUGACCUUGCAGAGAAUUUCUCCCGUGCAACACUGACGCAAGACAUGCUUCGCGUGUAUCAUGACAGCAUGGAGAAUGCUUUAUCGUGCUGGCUCACAGAGCAGAACUGUCCGUACAGUGUCGCCACAUCCCCUCGAAGUCCCCGGGGCAAUCCAUUGCUCAAUAUGGCGGAGAAAGAAUGGGGACCGAACUGGUCCAACAGGAUAUGUACUCGAGUAUGCCGAUUGGAUCGCGCUUUUUCAUCAGUCUGGGGCCGGACUCUCACAGCUACGGAAGAGAAGGCUGCAUCUCGAGCUCUUCUCACUGCGAUAAUGGCAUUUGCCUCUCAGUGGACGCGUAACUUCCAGGAGAGAGCCACUGUCUUUAAGGUGUCUCCUACAUCAGAGAGAUCUGCCCAAGAGAAUCUAUGGAACCAGGCCCGUCAAGCUCUUGAGAGCGCAGCUGGUAUCCCGUCUUUCCGACUCGUAUUCGCCAAUAUCAUAUUUUCCUUAACACAACGCCCGCUGAACAUCAAUGACCACCUCAAGAUGAUGGCUGACCCAUCUGUCGCCAUCCGAAAUGGUGGUCAUGCAGCGAGGGGCCUCAACGGUAUCAGGAGUCCAGCGGUUGCGGAACUACACGAAGUAUUUGACAACGAUUCUGCACCUCUAUUUCUGGAGACGGCAAUGAGGCAGCUAUUUUCUUUCCGCUAUAAGCUUACAAUUAAACAAAGACAGAAAAGCAAGUUGCCAGGAGACGGAGAGAACACUUCAACGAGGUGGAGCGCACACAGUAUUUCCCCAUCAUCAAGCAGCAGCCAACGAUGGGGAGACAAUCCGGGGACGGAUCAGACGAGUCAGAAUUGUCUCAGUCCAGAAGACAACGAGACGUUCAAUCUUCUCUUCUGGCUUGGCAUGAUGUUUGAUACCCUCACAGCUGCCAUGCAUAAGCGGCCCCCGGUGGUCACCGACGAGGAUAGCGAUAUCAGAUGCGUGACGCCACUUUCUAGCCCACAGACCAGGGGUAGAAAUUCCGGUUCUAAUAAAGAAGACUGGUCUCCUGGUAUGGACAGAGCCGAACAAAAUAAGCAAGAGCUAUGGGGAGAUCUCUUCCUUCGCAAGAGUGCCGUGGGGCAAGGAGCCAACAUACCCCGUUGGCCCUGUUCUUAUAAAGAAGCGGCAGAGACGCUUUCCGAUGCUGCGCCAGUGAAGGUGCUACUUUUCCGUCGAGUUUCACGUCUCCAAACACUGGUGUACCGCGAUGCGAGCGCCGAAUCUAUCGAAGAAGCAAUCCAGAGCACAUUUUGGGUUUACCAGCACUGGAAUUCCACGUAUAGACCCUUCAUUCUGGAUUGUAUGAGAAACCACGAUGACCUUCCGCCGCGCAUACAAUCAUGGUAUGUAGUCCUUGCCGGGCACUGGCAUCUUGCGGGAAUGAUCCUCGCGGACACACUAGAGAGUAUAGACGAAGCACGGCUUGGGUUGGAUUCGCAGCGCGAAUCUCGACGUGCCAUGGACCUCUUCGUCACACUCCGGAAAGAGAACGCUCUAGCUGUUUCUAAACUUGCGCAGUGCUCCCUCCAGGGGAAGAGCUCAUCUUUCGCCAGAUGCCGUCAAUUCCAUGACUCUGUGAACGAGGGUGCCUUCUUGACCGAGCCAUGGACGGCUGUUCUUAUCCGUUCAUUCACCAAGGCGGGAUAUAUCCUUUUAGAUGAGGUGGAUAUGUCGCCUCACGUUGUUCAUCUAGGAAAUGACCCUUCCGAACAAGCCUGGCGUCAAUGCAGGUUCUGUCUGGACGCUCUUUGGUGCCUAGGGAACAAGUCAGAUAUGGCUCUCCUGGCCGCCCGGGUGUUAUCAAAUAGCCUAGAGAAAAGGCUCAAGGAGCGACAGGAUCAAAACAAUAAUAUAACCAUUCCGCCUUUUAUAGCUUCUACUACCUCGAAAGGGACACUAAUGCGUGUAAAAGACGAGCCAUUUUUUGAUUGUCACCUGUUACGAGAUCUUUGA